CCAGGGAGUUAGCAUUCCUGCCCAGGGGAGGUGGCAUGGGAGAGAGCUUUCAAGAGUAUUCAACAUUCUCCCCAACAGCCUCUUCCUCCCCACUCCCUAACACCAAACUCCUAAAUUUCCUGAAGAAAAACAAGCUCAUUAAUCCAGACUCAGCCUGACAUAGCAAAAGAUACAAGCAGCAUUCUCAUGGUGAGAACUCUGGGUUUGUAGACCAUGAAGAGGAUGGAGAGACACAUGGUCAUGGGCCCUCUGUAUAUGCACUUUGAUUUGGAGAGGAAGAACACUAGGUGGGCAGAAGCCAGACUCAGCCAAAGACUGCAGAGAUUAGAGCACAUCUGCCUGUACCAUAUGAAGCUGCUGACCCAGGAGCAGAGACAGCUCCAGAAAGAACUGCAGAGGUUGCAGCAAGCAGAUAUUAUCAAGAAAAAACUCUCCUCUUAUUUGGGGAAUGAAAUUCAGAAGAGACCAGAAGAUGUCCUUGUGCCCUCACCACCAGGAAGGCAGAAGCACAGAGUUCCACAGGCUAAUAAAGUUAGAGCACUGGCCACCAACACGACCCAAGAGAUAUAUAAAUCCAAGACACAGGUGCCUCCUUUCCAUCAGGCUGGUCUAAGGGACUCCGUGAAAAGCAAAGAACAGUCACUACCUCCAAACUACAAGGCUUCCCACUUCACAGCCGAGAAGACACAAGCCCAAGAGAAAGACUGCCUAAGGCCCCCGAAGGGCAAAGAGUCCAACAAGGGCAUCUCUACUCUGUGUCAGGAUGGAGAUGUCUCCACCCACACUGUAGAUCAAGGCCCCGGUUCCAGCCCAGCUGGCGAGAGUGGAAGAGCACACGUUGAUGAGGCCAGGUCGGAGGAUGCCAGCCUAAAGCCAGACCCCCAGGCCGGGAGACAAAGCCCCCUGAACCCCAGGGAAUGUGCAGGAAAUUGGAAAGGCGAGUCCACAACACCUACCUUCUCAGAGCUGUUUGCGAAGGUCAGAAACGCCCACUACCUCCGGCACAGGGUACCCCCCGAGUCUGAGAGAUUGCUUACUAUCGGGGAGAUAUUCGGGCACGAGGAAUCCUUGCAGCCCAGGGCAGCCCAGGAACGUGAGGACACGGAGGUUCUUACGGUGCCACCUGCUGGCAAAGGACAAAGGUCUUCUGUCCUCACUGGAACGGUGGGCAUAGGAGCAUUCUCGGAAAUACGCAUCCUCGAUAUUGGAGUUAGCAAAGGCUUUGAAGAUGAAUCGGUUCAAGCUCAGUCCAGAGGAGUAGCCAGUACUGAGCGGGCCAGACGGUGCCGAGAGCAAGGCCGCAGCCCGGUGAGCGCCCCUUGCCUGGGCCCGGGCUGCCCACAGGGAGCCUGCAGCCGGACACAGGCACAGCAACGUGAGAGCAGCAUGCACUGUGACCUUCUCACACGACGCAAGUCACGUCUGGCAGGCAGGUUCUUUGCUCAACAGGCCCUCAUAACGGCUGCCUUGGGGGGCGGUGUUAAGAAGGAGUCUGAGGCCCGAGCCUUUGCCAAACACAUCUGUGCCCCCAGGAGGUGUCACUGCGAAGGGGUUCACAAAGAGCCAUAA